AUGAGUUCAUGUACAUUCAAUGAAUGGCGUGAAAUGCACCAUCGUACUCGACCACUGCUAAUCAUUUCCACUGUAAUUGUACUCACGCUACUAGUUAUCUUUAUUAUUACGGGUAAUCUGAUGGUUAUUUUUGCUGUUCUCACGAGAAGGCGCCUACGCACGGCCACUGGAAUGCUUAUUUUAUCGCUUGCCGUUGCCGAUUUGUUGGUAUGCCUUUUGUCUCACACAGACGAUUUUUCCUCAAAUUUUGCCCUCAGCAAAUAAUU